CUUAACCCCAAAUAAAGCCACUCGUAUCCAUUUUCGAUCCUUCAACGCUCAAAUUACUGCUUCAUAUCACCAUCUUCCAACCUCGAUUCCUUCUCACUGUCAUUUCUCUUUACCUCGUGUUUUGUAAGGUUUUCUUUUUAGGGCUUCGCAGCAGAAUCCCCGAGACAGCCAUGGAUUGGGGCAACGUUACAGCGGAGGAUCUGGUCGACGCCCUCCGCGAGGUCGACUGGUCGUCUCCACCGCGCCCUCUCUCGGAAUUCUUCUCCAGAUUCACCUUCCCCCGAUCUUACGCCAAAUGGAAUAGCCGCCUCAAAUGCAAUCUCUACUACUAUCGAACCAACUACUUCAUUAUGAUAAUAUUCAUUCUUGGAUUGGGUUUUCUUCGGAGGCCACUUGCUCUUGUAGCUGCUUUUCUGACAGCACUUAGCAUUGCUUUUCUGAAUGAUAGCUUUGCAGGUACUUUUAGUGAGAAGGUAACAAGAACAGUAAGGCAAUUCUCCCCACACUUAGCUGCAAAGAUGAGGCCUCCUCUUACGCCUGUUAUUCGUGGACGUCCAUCAGCUAAAAGAGCAAUAUAUAUUUGUGGUCGGCCUCGUUGGGUGUUUGUUUUGAUAUUCUCUACUGUGAGUUUCUUCCUCUGGUUUGUUUCCUGUGGUCUCUUAAUGGUGCUAUGGGCUCUUGCCAUUGGACUUCUUGCCUCCAUCCUGCAUGCAAGUUUUAGAACACCUAAUUUGAAAGCGCGUUUGAACACAUUCCGUGAGGAAUUUCGUGCGGUUUGGCGCAAUUAUAGCGAGCUGUAGCUUUCAUGGAGUUUGUAGAAUGUUGGGGAUGGUUGACUCUGAAGGUCAUUCAAGUUGUCAUUUUAAUUUGGGAUCAGCUACUGCUACUCUGGGUAUAAAAUAAUAUCACUUCGCUGGACGGGGUUCUUAGGCAAAAUCUGCUGAUAUAUACAGAUCACCGAGUUGUAUAUUGAUUGGAACUAAAAUUUCUGUAGCAGACUGUUUCGAUUUCUUACUCGGUAUGUAGAAGAAACCAUGGAGCAUUAGAAUGCAGAGAGGACAGAUGUUCUUGGGGUACCUGGGCACGCGGUAAAUGCCCACCCUAGUUUGUGAUAGAAUUUGAUCUUUGGUUAAUAGAAAUCAGUAGUAAAAGUUGCCUGUACGGGAAUGGUGAGUUUUUUCUGGUUUAAGUUUUCCGUGAUCAUUUUGUUAAUUGGUUUAUACUGUCGAUAGAUUAUGUUCCCAUUUUAUUAUGAAGAGUGUAACCAAUCCAGAAAAAAGGUAUCAUAUGGGGACACUAUCAUUGGAGCUUGUGCAUGGGAAGUGAAGGUUUUGGUGAGAUUGAAAUCCAGAGGCAAUACCAAGGAAAAGAGAGCCAUAUCUAUACUUCCCUCGAUUUCUAACUUUUAAUCGAGUAUGGAUAAAAUUCCUCCUGUUGAAGGGCAUCGGGUAUUUAUUUUAAGUUGGGAGGUUGGCUUGCUAUUAUUGUAUUGAUUGGAAAGAGAAGGAAGUGGAAUAAAAGAUAAUAUCCC